UCCCCGCCGCCGCCGCCGCCUCGCCAACGCGCAGCAGCCGCAGCAAGCGCAUCGCCCUCUCGUUCUCAGCUAUGGCGGAGGUGGAGCAGCCGCAGCAGGAGGUGAAGCUCUUCAACCGCUGGACCUUCGAUGAUGUCCAGGUGAACGACAUCUCGCUGAACGACUACCUGGCGGUGUCGGCGAUGAAGCACGCGACGUACCUGCCCCACACCGCGGGCCGCUACUCGAAGAAGCGCUUCCGCAAGGCGCAGUGCCCCAUCGUCGAGCGCCUUACCAACUCGCUGAUGAUGCACGGCCGCAACAACGGCAAGAAGGUCAUGGCCGUCCGCAUCAUGAAGCACACCUUGGAGAUCAUUCACCUGCUCACCGACGCCAACCCCAUCCAGGUCGUCGUGGAUGCCAUCAUCAACAGUGGGCCACGUGAGGAUGCCACCCGUAUUGGUUCUGCUGGUGUUGUGAGGAGGCAGGCUGUGGAUAUCUCACCCCUGAGGAGGGUUAACCAGGCCAUCUACCUCCUCACCACUGGUGCCAGGGAGAGUGCUUUCAGGAACAUCAAGACCAUUGCUGAGUGCCUUGCAGAUGAAUUGAUCAACGCCGCCAAGGGCUCAUCCAACAGCUAUGCUAUCAAGAAGAAGGAUGAGAUCGAGCGUGUUGCCAAGGCCAACCGUUGAGAGGAGCUUGUGUAUCCUGGUGCACUGGAGCUAUUAUUAUGUUGCUGGCGGUUGUUCUGGUUUUUGUUUUACCCAAUGUUUAGACUUUUUGAGACCUAGCCGAGGUUUUGCUUUCAAUGAACAAUGAAAAUUACUGAGAAAUGUAGUUGUUUGGGGUGCCUGGUUUAUCGAACACCAAUUCUUGGUCUAUGC